UUCCUCCCUCCUCCUCCUUCCCGCGGCCAUGGGCGACUGCGAAGCCCCCGGGGACGUGAACUCCAACAUGCUGGUGGCCCGCAGCACCGGGGACGCGCAGCUGGACAAGGCGGUGUGGCAGUGGCUGAGCUGGGACAAGAACCAGAAGACGAAGGAGCAGAUCGAGAGGCUGCUGCAGGACGGGAAGCACCAGGAGCUGCGGGAGCGCCUGUGCUGCCGGCUCUCCUUCGGCACGGCCGGGCUGCGCUCGGCCAUGGGCGCGGGCUUCUGCUACAUCAACGACCUCACUGUCAUCCAGUCCACCCAGGGGAUCUACAAGUAUCUUGAGAGGAACUUUUCAGACUUUAAGCAGAGAGGCUUUGUUGUUGGAUAUGACACACGAGGUCAGGUCACCAGCAACUGCAGCAGUAAGAAGCUUGCAAAGCUCACUGCAGCAGUCCUGCUGGCAAAAGAUGUACUUGUGUACUUCUUCUCCACCUAUGUCCCUACUCCCUUCGUGCCCUAUGCCGUGCAGCAGCUGGGGGCUGUGGCUGGGGUCAUGAUCACAGCCUCCCACAACCGCAAGGAGGACAAUGGCUACAAGGUUUAUUGGGAAAAUGGAGCACAGAUCACCUCUCCUCAUGAUAAGGAAAUUAUAAAAUGUAUAGAAGAGUGUGUUGAACCAUGGAAUGGCUCCUGGAAUGAAAAUCUGGUAGACACCAGUCCCCUCAGACAGGAUCCUCUGAAGAAAAUUUGUGACAGCUACAUGCAGGAUCUGACAAAGAUCUGCUAUCACAGGGAGCUGAAUGUGCAGACCAGUCUGAAGUUUGUCCACACCUCUUUCCAUGGAGUGGGACAUGACUACGUGCAGUUGGCUUUCAAAGCCUUUGGAUUCCAGCCCCCCAUCCCAGUACCUGAGCAAAAAGAUCCAGAUCCAGACUUCUCUACUGUCAAAUGCCCAAAUCCUGAAGAAGGAGAAUCUGUGCUGGAGUUGUCACUGAGGCUUGCAGAGAAAGAAGAGGCAAGAGUAGUAGUGGCCACUGAUCCAGAUGCAGAUCGAUUGGCAGUGGCAGAGCAGCAGGAAAGUGGCUGCUGGAAGGUGUUCACGGGCAAUGAGCUGGCUGCCUUGUUUGGCUGGUGGAUGUUUUCCUGCUGGAAGGAGAAGUGCUCUCCAGAUGCUGAUGUGAAGAACGUUUACAUGCUGGCAACCACGGUCUCCUCCAAGAUUUUGAGGGCAAUUGCACUCAAAGAGGGAUUUCACUUCGAGGAAACACUCCCUGGUUUUAAAUGGAUUGGAAGCAGAGUAAAAAAUCUCCUAGAUAAUGGAAAAGAAGUUCUCUUUGCAUUUGAGGAGUCUAUUGGCUUCAUGUGUGGCACAUCAGUGCUGGAUAAGGAUGGAGUGAGUGCAGCUGUGGUCAUUGCUGAAAUGGCAACUUACCUGCAGGGCCAGAACCUGACCUUGGCACAGAAACUCGUUGACAUUUAUGAAACGUAUGGCUAUCACAUAUCCAAGACUUCCUAUUUCCUGUGCUAUGAUCCUGCCACUAUCAAAAGGAUAUUUGAGAGACUGCGGAACUUGGAUGGCCCUCAGUGUUACCCCAAAUGCUGUGGGGUUUACAACAUCUUACACGUCAGAGACAUCACCACUGGCUAUGACAGCAGCCAGCUGAACCACAAGGCAGUGCUGCCCGUGAGCAGGAGCAGCCAGAUGAUCACGUUCACCUUCCAGAACGGCUGCGUGGCCACGCUGCGCACCAGCGGCACCGAGCCCAAGAUCAAAUACUACGCUGAGAUGUGUGCACUGCCCGGGCACAGUGACAGAGGUGUGCUGGAAGAAGAGCUCCAGAAGCUGAUUGAGGCUUUGAUUGAGAAUUUCCUGGAGCCUGCCAAGAACGGGCUGACCUGGCGCUCUGCCUAGAGCCCCGGGGGGCACCGAGUGGAACAAAGGACCCAGGAGCAGAACCAGUCUCAUCCUCGUGUGUGUGUGUUUUAAACAGCUGCAUUCUUUUCCUGUAAGAAGAAGCAUUCUUUUGUCAGGCUUUUCACCAAAUUGGGAUGAGGAGAGGAGGUCAGAGGAAAGGGUAGAGUUUAUUGUUGCAGUUUUCAGUCCUUUUGACCAAAAGUUGAAUUAACCCACACCAAUGCAAAUGAACUGCCCUAGUACCUUUGAGGCAGCUGAGCUUAGCUGCCAGUAUUGUCUUAAGCUCAGUUCAGGUACCUAAAACACCUCGUUUUGGUGUGUGAAAAUCAAGUUUUAAAGGAGUGAUCACUCCAAACUGACAACCAAGGCUGCUUCUUCCCUGCAGCUCUCAGAGACCUUCCCUACAGGUCUGCAUUUCCAACAGCAUCAAAGCAGAGCUCAGCAUUUCUUGUUUAGCAAAUUGUUGACGUUUUUCAGCUACUUAACAAUUACUCUGUUGGUAAAGGUGUUCUUGGACUUUGUAGCUUUCCUCUGUGUGUCUUAAAAUAAUUGGCAGUGAUACAAUAGUGGCAACAGCUGCAGCUUGGGGUUGGAGUUGCCUGGUGCCUUUCCAAGGCUUCCAAAGGAGCAGGAACUUGGUAAAUUUGCCCCUUCUGACUACCAUAGCCUCUGUAGUUACUUUUUGUCCCACAUCUCUGAAGGGUCUUAAGCUUUCUUGGUUUUCUGCAUUCAUUACUUUGAAUGAAAAUGCCGGUCAGUGACUUCUUAGUUUUUGCUGGCCUGAAUUUAUAUUGUCUGUGUAUUAAAGAAAAAAAACCACCAAGGAAGCAGGUGGAGAUGAGAGACUGGCACAGUUGCUACAUUGUGACUUUUAAAAUUCUUGUUGGUCAUGUCCUGUCAGGUAAUUUGUUAAAAUAGCACUUUGCAAAUAUUAUUCUUUAAGGGUGAAUUGGUACCAGCUUCUCUCACUUGUUUUUUCCCUUUGCUCAAGUAGCAAAUGAGACUGCUAAUGACAUUUUUCCAAAACAACCCCACCCAAACCAAUACUCAGGCUCUCCUUGUGGUUUUGUUGUGUUUUGGGCAGUCAAGGCACUGUUGUGGCACAGGAGAGCUGGCUCUGGACAGCUCCCUGCUGUCACUGACAGCAAGUAAAGAGAAGCAGCAGCAGCAAUUGGGUUUGGUCUGUGUUUGGAGAUGAUGGGAGAAGACCCCAAGGUGCUCUGGAGUUCAAGCUGUUGUUUUGCCACUAUUGUUGCCUCUCCAAAUUGAUCCUCCCUCUGAUGAUGCCCCUGCAGCUGGAUGCCAUAGGAUGGCACAGGGUAGGUUUGUGUGUUGCCUCUCCAUGGCUUCAGAGAGCCCUGAGGUUUGGGGGUUUCCUGCUGCCAGCAGCUUUGCACUAUAUCCAUGGAGAAGUAUUUCAGUGUCUAUGAAUGUACGUGUACUCGAGAAGGUCUGUGUUGCACAAAUUCUGACCUGUCACUGCUAUUUAUUUAUUUUUUUUUUAUUUUAAGAGAGUAUCUCUGAAUUGUUCUGCCAUUGAGUGAAAUGUACCUAAUGCCAAAAGCUCGGGUUUUUUUACCUUGAUUGUACAUUUGACUGACGUGGUGGGGAAAACAGGUAAACCCAGUUAGAGGAUGCUUUUGUUGUUGUCUGUGCUGGGUAGGGCUGGCAUUGCAUUGCUGACUGCUGCUUUGCCUUCAGCUCUGCAACAAGGGUGCAGAUCUGCAUCACCACUGCACUGAAGCUGAAGGAGCUCUUGCCAUUCCUUCCACUGGCAGCAGAUGAAACCCUGAGGCGUUGAGGAUUUUGUUCUCCAAGUAGUGAAGAAAACAAGUGACUUGGGAUGUAAUUUUUGAACAAACACUGUAAAAAGCAGGGUGUGUGUGUGUGAUGAGCCCGGCUGUGUGCUGUUGUAGCAGUCCCAUCUGUGAGUGAUGGUUGUGCUCCUGCAAAGAGCAGGAAUCUGCAGCUCCCCAGAGAUCUGCUUUGUGUCAGUAGGCAAGUGCUAGAAAUGGAGAAAAUGUUUUCAAAUGAGCAUUGUUGGGAGCUGGUAACUGUUGAUAGUCUAUCUUUAAUUAAAGAAGAGCCAGCUGUGGGGUGUUCUGUGUCUGGGAUUUUCCCCAUGGGCAGGUUUGACAGUGAGCUGUAGCUGCAGUGAUGCUUUUGGGAGGACAGCAGCAGGAACAACGUGUUGAAUGUACUUUCAGGGUAGAAUAAUUAUUUGCUGUUUUGAAACUGCUGCUACUGUUGUUUUCCUACUGUAUUGGAACUGUUUGAUAUAUUUAUACUGUUCCAUUUGUGGAACUCCUUUAUCUCCUCCCUCUGAUCUCACAUCCCUUACUUCUGUUACUGUGAAGGACUGGAAUUCUCGUUUCCUUGCCCUGUAACUUUGUUAUGCAUCGUGUUAGAGUUUACUUGGUUUGUGCACAACCUUCCUGGAGUUGUCAGCUGUUCUUUCCCACUUGUCAGAUAAGAACAAAGGCUUUUCUAACUUGAGUAGAAAGCAAAUCACAGAUCAAAGGAUGCUGUGGAUGUUGUUUGCCAGGUGCUUCCAGGUAAAACACCUUUCCAAGGUUGGGCAGUGGCUAAAGCUGUGCUCGUGCAGCCAGCGUGUGGGGUUUAUUGGUGGAUGCAAUCUGGAGGGCUUGGGUUUGUCCCUUGGCUGUGACAGGUUUAAUGUCUGUGCUGAAGUCAGGUUUCUGUGGGCCUGGGACAGGAGCUUUCCUAGUUCAGGGCUUUGCCAGGCAAGGCUGAGCUUGUAGCUGCAUUUCUUAGUGAGAUGGUCAUAGAGCCUCCAGGGUGUGGAUUAAAUACUUGCCAGUGCAGUCCACGUCUCCUGCUGCCCCUCUGAGGGUGUGCGAGGGAACUGCCAACUCCGGUGAGGCAGGGAAGGAGGGAAGGUGUGUAACAGGGAGAGCUGGGCUGCAGUUUGUCUUGGGCAGUGCUGCUUCCCUUGUGUCCCCAGCAGGAUGUGGCUCCAAGGAGCUGGGCUUGCCCUGGGCUGCAGGAGCUCUGCUCAUUUCCCUCAUUUUCAAUACCCAGCCCUUCCUUCUGAGGAGCAGAAACGCACCCUUGUGCUGUCAGGUAGCACUGUGUGCCCUCCCUGCCGGGCUCCUGAGGUUACUGGGGGUUCCAGCUCCCCUUUCCUUACAGGAGAUGUGUUUUGGGACCUUCUGGUGGAAGCCAGCAGAGGAACGAUGGGUUCUGUCCCUUGGGCAGGCUGGGGUGUGUGUGCUGCUUUAGGAAGCACCUGGAUGGGCUCUAAUUUUAAACCUGAUACUGGUAUCACUUUGUUUUGUCUUCCCUCCCCCUUUUUGUCCUCUCCCCAACGAAGAGGGGGCUCCUUGCAUGGUGACACCUGGGUGGUUACAGUCCAGCUUGAUUCCCUCUGCUCAAGAAUGGCUUUGUACAAGGUGAUUGAAGUACCUCGAGUUGCAUCGUUCUCCUUGCCUGGAACCUUGGGGAGUUCUGGAUCUGUACUCCUGUUUACCUGAUGUCUGUUCUGUAAAACUAGGGUGUAUUACAAAUACAGAGUGAGAAUUUGCACUUUUCUGGAGAGUUUCUGUGUAAUGCUAUGUGGAUUUAGCUGAAUGAAGUGUUAUAAGUAAUAAAAUAUUCUCUUCGUAGUCUCAA